CACGCGUGCUCCCGAUCCAUGCGCACCGGACGGACACCCGGCUCCCGCGGAGCAGAGCAAAAGCAGAGACGGGCCACGAUCGCGCGCACCAACCAACCAACCACUUUCCCCGGGAAGGGCAGCGCGUCCGGAGCACGGCACGGCACGCGCGAUCCCCUCUGCCGCCUUGGCCGGGCGUACGUGCGCGCGCGCGCGCUUGACGGGGUCACGGGCGAUGCGGCCGGCCGCCACGCGCCGCGAUGGGCCUCUUUGACGGCCUCUUCCCCGGCCGGCGCGACGACGGCGUGAGGAUGGGCCAGGAGGCGUCGGCGUCGGCGUCCACGUCGGCGCAGCAGUGCGGCGGCGACAUCUCCGCGCUCUCGCCCACCGCCGCCUCCGUCGUCCGCCGAUGCGCGCAGAUCGCGGGCGUGCCGGUGGAGCAGCUGGUGCGGCGGGUGGAGCCGGACGAGCAGCCGCCGCUCGCCUACGCCAGGAGCAUCGUGGAGUACUGCUCCUACGUCGCCCUGCGCGCCGAGACCCGGCGCCGCCACGACCACCUCGGCGACAGGGAGUUCCACUCCCUCACCUACGACAUGAUGCUCGCCUGGGAGGCGCCCGACCACGACACCGACGCGGAGCUCCAGAAAACGGCGUUCGCCUGGGGUGACGGCGGCGAUGACGAUGACGACGACGGCGGGUCCAUAUUCUACUCCAGCCCCACGAAGACGGCCAUCCAGGUUGACGGGAGGAGGACGGUCGGGCCGGAGGCGUUCGCGAAGAUCGCGCCCGCCUGCCCGGCCAUGGCGCACCCGAUCACCGUCCGCAACCUCUUCGACGCGCUCACCAACUCCACCGGCGGCCGCCUCCACUUCCUCAUCUACCACAAGUACCUCACGAGCCUGGACGACGUGCUGAGGUCGACGAAAUGCAUCUCCGGCGGACACAAGGCGCCGGCGCUGGACCUCUGCGACGGCGAGGUGGUGCUCGACAUCUUCGGAGCCGCCACGACGCAGCCGGUCCUGCAGCACAUCGGCACGUCCACGUGGCCUGGGAGGCUCACGCUGACGAACCACGCCCUCUACUUCGAGGCCAUCGGCGUCGACUUCUCCUACGGCGACGCCGUCGUCUACGACCUCACCAAGGACCUGAAGCAGUGCGUGAAGCGCGAGUCCACGGGGCCAUGGGGAGCUCACCUCUUCGACAAGGCCGUCAUGUACAAAUCUAGCUCCAUAAAUGAGCCGGUGUUCUUCGAGUUCCCCCAAUUCAAGGGCCACAGCCGGCGGGACUACUGGUUCGCUGUGAUCAAGGAGGUGCUGCACGCCCACAAGUUCAUCAGGAGGUACCGGCUCGUGGGCUUCCAGAAGGCCGAGGCGCUCGCCGUCGCGACGCUGGGGAUCCUCCGGUACCGCGCCGUGAAAGAGGGGUUCCACAUACUGCCGGCCUACUUCAAGACCACCCUGGCCUUCAACCUAGCAGAGAAGCUGCCCAAGGGGGACAAGAUAUUGGAGGCAUUGUAUGGCCAGCUGCAGGAACAUUGCUCGAGGUUCAGGGGAGGCGAUGACUUGGCAGCUCAGGGCAGUUCCGACGAGCUGGCACUCGCGGAUCCAUUUCCGCUGUCGGCAUUUACGCUCGUGCGGAUGGGGCUGCUGACGCUCAGGAAGGAGGACAAUCCCGAGGAAAGGGAUUUCGCCGUCGGGGAUGUCCAGAUUGGAAGGACCAGCUCGGUGCAGAUGGCUCUGGAGCGAUCUGUUGGGUAUUCCGGUAGAGUGGAGGCCGCACGCGCGACGCUCGAUCAGGUCAAGGUGGAGGACAUUGACACCAAUGUGGCUGUCCUAAAGGAAUUAGUGUUUCCUUUGAUUGAAAUAGGCAAGAGGCUUGUCUUUCUGGCUGAGUGGGAAGAUCCACUUAAGUCAUAUGUUUUCUUGCUCUGUUUCCUCUACGUAGUUUACAGAGGCUUGAUAUGGUACAUAUUUCCCGGCUUUUUGGUCGGGUCUACCGCUUUCAUGCUAUGGAACAAGCACCAUGGCAACAGGCAUUUCAUCGAAGCAUUCGAAGUCACAACCCCGCCUCGUCGACGAACCGUUGAACAACUCCUUGCUCUACAAGAAGCCAUCUCACAGCUGGAGGCACAUGUCCAAGCUGGAAACAUUUUUCUCCUCAAGCUUCGGUCCCUCAUGCUCGCAGCUUUUCCUCAGAGCACGAACAAAGUCGCGACCACGAUGCUCGUUGCGGCUGCAGCAUUUGCGUUUAUGCCGUUCCGGAUCAUAUUCGUGCUCAUUCUGUUGGAGGCUUACACGAGGCAUAUGCCACUGAGGAAGAAGAGCAGCGAGAAGCUGGUGAGGAGGUUGAGGGAGUGGUGGCUCCGGAUCCCUGCUGCUCCUGUGCAGCUCUUGAGGCCUCAUGACUCCAGAAGAUGGAGGUCGAGGCGGAGAUAAGGACACAUGUUAAUAUUUCUUUUUUUGGAAGUUAGAAAUGUAGAUAUUGUACAGACAUCAUGGCAAAGUUCAAAAAGAAACAUUACCGACAUAAGUUCACAAAGAGAGGGCUGAACCUGAUCUUAAUCAUUAGUUGGGUGAGAGAUUUUAUUCUUGCUAUGGGCAGGAUAUCAGUUGCACAAAAAGCGGGAUCAUGAAAGAUAUUUGUAAUAUAAUUCAGGUGUUGAAUAGGAAUGCGUUCAUUGAAAA